AUGAAACGUCCAGUUAGUGAUGAAAGAAAACCUACACCUAGUAGAAGACUGGCUUGCAUUACAUGCCGACAGAGGAGAAGAAAAUGUGACAUGCAAGAACCAUGUUCCAUUUGCAUUAAAUUUGGCACAAGAUGUGUCUUCACUGGCGAAGAUCUGAGGAAGAGCAGACAUUCCGCAUCAUAUGUUAAAACUUUAGAGAAUCGCAUUGCAUUAUUGGAGUCAUCUUUCAGAAGGCUGAAAGAAUCAACAAAUGAAGAAGAGAAGAUGAACAUAAUCAACUCCGUUCCAUUAGAUGACAUAUCCGUUCCUGCAAAUAAUGAGACCGGCGGAAAUGGCACCUAUAUCAAAGAUCAAAAUUAUAUCGACAAUACAAUAUCAUUCCCUUCAAGCACGAAGUCAGAUUUGAACAAAACAAAGUCUUCCGAAACUUUCCCUACUAAAAAUAGUGUCCUACCUAUUACAAAACCUGACUUACCACUAAGAGCAACGUCCCCAUUAAAUAGGAACAUGAAUCACGCUAAAUUAUCACCAAUUGGUGGUAGCAGCAUAUAUCCUUCAAAUUCUCUAUCAAUCACUAAAAAGAAAAUUACUUUGGGACAACAACAGUUACAAUUAACUUUAAAAAACCUUUCAAGAAGUCCUCUGAUACUUCGUUCAUUGUCACUCUUCUUCAAAUGGCUAUACCCAGCUCAUUAUAUGUUUAUUCAUCGUGAAACCUUUCUUAGUGCCUUUUUCGGUGAUGCAGCUACUAAAGCGUACUAUUGCUCUGAGGAAUUGGUCUUCGCCAUCGCUGCACUAGGUUGUAAAGCAGCAACCAAAACAGAAGAACUCUACGGCCAAGCAGAAAAUUAUUAUCAACGUGCAAAAGAAAUUGUCUUAAAGAAAAUUUUUCAACUAGAGGAUAAAUCAUUGGCGGAGGCUACGUCAUCUUCAAAGUUGGCACUUAUCCAAACUUUACUAUGUCUAGCAUUUUACGAUAUUGGUGAAGGUGAAAACCCGAUGGCAUGGUAUCUUUCUGGUUUAGCAUUUAGAAUUGCACAUGAGAUCGGUUUGCAUUUGAAUCCUGAAGCUUGGAAUCAUGUCUACGAGGAUGAAUUAUCAAAGAUUGAUUUUGAAGUCAGAAGUAGAAUAUAUUGGGGUUGUUACAUUGCCGACCAUUUGAUAUCAGUUCUAUUCGGUAGAUCAACGUCGCUUAGAGUGUCCAAUUCUACAGUCCCCGAGACUGAUGAACUACCGGAUAUUGAAACAGGCAUUGAAGACUAUAUAUAUAACCCUGGAGUCCCCUUAUCGAUGGCAAGUCCUCUCAAGAAACUCAUUGUCUUAUCAAGAAUUACUGAAAUCUUUGCGAACAAAAUAUUCAUUCAAUCUGAAACUGUAUUACAGAGAACUGAAUAUUUAUCGAAAUUUAAUUUUGAAGCAAAUAACUGGAGAAAAGAUCUAUCGCCUGACUUGAAAUGGGAGAAAGAGCAAUUAAAAGAAUUAGAUAGUUUCAAUCCGACUACUACUUAUGUGUGGUUUCAUUACUACAUCGUUCUUAUAUCAUAUAACAAACCAUUUAUUGAUGAUUUUGAUGAAAGUAAGCACCUUAUAAACGACUGUAUAGAAGAGCUACAUUAUUUGUUAGUGCUGUGGACUAAGAAAUUUCACACUUUUGAAAAAUGCAGUCUUUACAUGGUCUACUCGGUAAUUUUAGCCAUUCAAUGCAUGAAAAUUGAUUCGAUUGAUGAUAAAUAUUAUAAAGAAUUUCUGGAAUUUCUAGAUUCAAACACCUUGAACUACGAAGUAUCCAAGAAGUUUACGGAAAAUACUAAUAAUUUUAACAACAAUAAUGACAUCAACUCUGAAUUUACGGACUUAUUCGGUACUUUAUCACACGGUACAGAUUUCGCUUUAGAAUACAAUUUCGACUUCACCUUGUUGAACGAAAUUGACAAACUCAUCAGCAAUAAUAACGCUUCACAUGAUAAGAAGAAUGAGCCACCAAGCACACUGUAG